AUGAACUCGCCGAUAUUAUCCAUCAGUGAUUGCUAUGUCCGUUAUUUGGGCAAGUUUCUGGAGCCUGUGGUUGGAGGCAAUUCUCACUGGUUGCUGUGCUGGCGUGCUUCGUUGCACGGCUGGAGGGCUGAUCAGUUUCACACUCGCUGCGAUGGAAAGAACGACACUGUUACCAUUGUACGGAAGGAUACAUACGUCUUUGGCGGAUACACUGAUAUUCCAUGGGGUAAGAAACUGACUCCCUGAUUCAGUGGCGGAUGUAGGGGAGGGGCCCGGGGGCCCGGGCCCCCUUAUUUUUAGACCAAACUGAGGCUCAAAGGGCUGCAAAAAAAGGUCCGCGGGUAUUGUCCACGAUACCCACUUUAAACAAGCCUCGCAAGCUAUGUCAUGUCUACUACCAGCUACAUCCCUUGUAAUUCCCUUCUUCCUCUCAUCCUUUCACUUAAUUUUCGCAUUACUGUAUGUUCGCGACUCUUAUUGCUCGCGUCACUUUAAUUCGCGAAAAAGUGUCAUGUAAUGAGGUAGUACAAUUUAACCCUAUUGUCAGUUACUUAAUCUCAAUGGGUUUAAUGUUUAUUCGUUUAAAUAAGAAAGCAAAAGUGAAGCGAAUUCUGGUUGCUGCAAAAAAAAUGACGUCAUCGUGAAAAUGGGAUAUUAUGGAAUACCUAGAGAAAAACACUCAUGGUAAAAAAAUAUUGGGAAUUUUAAAAUAAGACAAGUGUAAGUAUAUGUAUAUAUGAAAAAUUGAAAUCUUAUUUCAAGCUCGUGUUUUGUUAGGAAACAGUAAUAGCUGGGGCGAGACUACCAAAGCAUUUAUCUUUUCGCUCAACAAUACUGAAGGGUUGGCACCGUUUGUGAGCAAGGUGAAGAAAGAAUACAUAGGAAAGGCAAUUAGAUGGAAUUUAUAUGAUGGUCCACAGUUUGGUAAUGACAUCAUCAUUGCUGAUGAUGCCAACAGUAGCAAAUACUCAAAAGCAGUCUUGGACAAGUACUACUCUAUUCCAGCUUCAGUGAAGAAUAGUGAUAAGGCCCUGGCCGGGACUAGUAUGUUCUUCAACGUCGACGAGGUGGAGGUACAGUUAUCUUGA